AUGGCCGUGGGAAAAAAUUCAAAGGUUUCAAAGAAGGGAGGUAAGAAGAAGGCCGCUGAUCCUUUCUCCCGCAAAGAGUGGUAUGAUGUGAAAGCUCCAGCUCAAUUCACUAACCGUGAUGUCGGAAAGACCAUCGUCAACCGAACUCAAGGAACUCGUAAGUCUCUGCUUUUUGUUUUUGUUUUUUAGGGUAGGUUUUGACAAUCAUAUGGGUACUAUUGACGCAGGAAUCGGAUAGUUUAUUGUUCUCUUCAAGAUUUUCUUGAAUUUGAGGUACAAAUACUAUUUUGAUUAUAAAGUACUUUAAAAAGGUAUGAAACGGUGUUUUUGACAUGGUUUUUCUAUUACUUUGAUUAAAACAAGUAAAGUCUAUGUUUUGGCGUUUUGACAUUGUAAAAUAGCGGCAGCCUAAUUAUCCUUAUUUGAUUUUUUUUGUUUUGUUUUACUAUAGAAGACUGAUAUAAGGACAAAAGAUAUAUUCUGAUACGUUCUACUAUUGAUAUUAAUUUAGGUAUUGCUAGCGACUUCUUGAAGGGACGUGUCUUCGAAGUGUCUCUCGGAGAUCUGAACAAGAACGAGUUCGACUUCAGAAAGUUCAGACUUGUUGUUGAAGAAGUUAAGGGCAGAAACUGCUUGACCAACUUCAACGGUAUGACUUUCACCCGCGACAAGUUGUGCUCCAUCGUCAAGAAGUGGCACGUAAGUUUUUGGACAAUUGUUUAUUUGAAUAUAAAAAUUUUCAUUAUUUUUUGUAUGUAAAACAACGCAAAACUUUGGUGUAAAAAAUACUUAUAUGGACUGACUUUUUUAUUUCUAAUUGGACUGUUUGUAAGUAUUUGUUUUUAGACUUUGAUCGAGGCCAACGUAACCGUCAAGACCACCGACGGAUACCACCUCCGUGUCUUCGUCAUUGGCUUCACCAAACGCAGCCAAAACCAAGUCCGCAAAACCAGCUAUGCCCAAACUUCUAAAGUCAGACUGAUCCGCGCUAAGAUGACCGAGAUUAUUCAGAAGGAAGUCACCGGCUCCAACUUGACCGAAGUUGUCAACAAACUCAUUCCUGACUCCAUCGGAAAGGACAUCGAGAAGGCCUGCUCUCGCUUCUACCCACUUCAAGAUGUGUACAUCCGCAAGGUUAAGGUCGUCAGAAAGCCCAAGUUCGACCUCGGUAAACUUUUGGAAAUCCACGGUGAACUCGGAAGUUCGUCAGGAGGAAAAGUCGACCGCACUGAUGCUUACGAGCCCCCAGUCCAAGAGAGCGUUUAA